AUGGGAGCAUUGGCGAGUUCUAAGGAACUGGAUUUUGAAGUGCUAAAAUUUGGGUUGGAUGAAAAAGAAGCGGUAAAGGAGCGUUGUUUUACACUGGCGGCGUUAGCCCAUGCACUGGCCCAUGUGCAACAGUUGAACGGAUUUGUGCCCACUCCGACACUUCUGAAUUCGCCGAGUUUCCUGGCACCGCUCAUUCAGUCGGUUACUGUUUCCACGGCGAACAACGAACAAACGAAAACCGUAACGAGUCCGGUGCUGGCCAGUCCCAACAGGCAAUGA